GCCAUCGUCUGAAGGCCUGAGAAGCCGGAAGCGAGUAGAACGUUGGCGGUGCGGUGGUCAGGCGUUAGAUUUCGUUGGAUGUGAUGGCGUGUGGUCAGAAACUGGGGUUUAUGAUUUGGAUAUCUGAACAGGAAUAGUAAUACGGUGUAUUAUUAAUUAUUAUUGUUAUUGUAAAUGUGUGACGCACCAGUUAAUCGACCGGUCAGUUCACCACAUGGCCACCAUAGCAGCUCUUACUGGAUCCAGGUGAACUUUGCCUCACUACGUGAAGCUCUUUAAUAGUGCACUAGGUGACCCCGAGCGGGAUUUUGCUCUCAUUACCAGUAUCUAGUGGCACGGAGAAGGCUUUUCACGCGUGCUUUGGGUUCCUCCGGAUAUCAUGCAGGCCGGACAGAGCGUACCCGCAUGUGCGGGAGAUACACCUUCACACAAAGGCACUGUGAACGGUCUGGUGGAAAACCCCGCGAUCAGAGAGCUGGUGGACGCGAACGGGGAGGAGGACUCCGAGGCGGAAUCGUACCAGGGUGGCAGGACCGAGGGGGUGGACCGGGAGACCAGGAGCCGAGCUUUCACGUGGUGUAAGAGCUUUCUGUCCGGGGCAUGGAAGACCAUCACUCAGGAGGAUUUCGAGAUCAGCAUCGUAAGUGGUGGACUCAGUAACCUGCUCUACAAGUGCAGCUUACCCGAUCAUGUGAAGCCCAUCGGGGCUGAACCUUCACGUGUGCUGCUGCGCAUCUAUGGGGCCAUUUUACAGGGAGUGGACUCCUUGGUGUCUGAGAGUGUGAUGUUUGCCAUUCUGGCAGAGCGAGAGCUGGGUCCUCAUCUCUAUGGCAUCUUCCCAGAGGGACGUUUAGAAGAGUAUCUUCCUAGUAAGCGCCUGUGCACAGAGCAACUGCAACACCCGGACAUCUCGGCUGAAAUAGCCAAUAAGAUUGCCCGUUUCCAUCGUAUGGUCAUGCCCUUCAAUAAGGAGCCCAAAUGGCUGUUUGAGACCAUGGAGAGGUACAUGGAGCAAAUCAGCAACAUUACAUUUGUACGAGAAGCACACAUCAAGAAGUUCAAGAAGCUGAAGAUGUACGAUCUUCCGGCUGAGCUGGCGAACCUGAGAGCACUGCUGGCUGAGACUCCUUCACCUGUGGUCUUCUGUCACAAUGAUGUUCAAGAAGGUGAGUCUCUCUCUCUCAAAGGAAACAUCCUGCUGUUGGAUGGCCGAGAUCAUGAUUCCUCUGAUAGGCUGAUGCUUAUUGACUUUGAGUACAGCAGCUAUAACUACAGGGGUUUCGAUUUUGGGAAUCAUUUCUGUGAAUGGGUGUACGACUACACCUAUGACAAGUGGCCUUUUUAUAAAGCAAACCUGGACAACUAUCCAACCAGAGAGCAGCAGCUGCACUUCUUCAGAAACUACUUGUCCGAGGGUGAAGACGCCGUACGUGAAGACCAGGCCGAACUUGAACAGAUGAUCGUGGAAGCAAACAGGUUUGCCCUUGCCUCUCAUUUCUUCUGGGGUCUGUGGUCCAUUAUCCAAGCCAGGAUUUCCAAGAUUGAAUUUGGAUACAUGGAUUAUGCCCAGCACAGGUUUGAUUCAUAUUUCAAGCAGAAAAAGCUCUUUGCCUGAUCAACUGUUGGAAAAAGUCUCUGGAUGGAUCAGACCUCAUAUCAGCACAUCUCUCAUUCAUUUUCCCACUUUUUUUUUAUUUAUUAUUUUACUGUAUAAAAUAGUCCGAGCGGUUUGAGCUGUGAAGUGGGCAGUUAUUUCUUCCAUCAUUAUUUCCUCCACAUUCUCAACUGUAAUCUUUUUCUAAUGGCUUUUGCCUGGAGCAUCAGUCUCCAGUAAUACAGCACCAACCACAGAUACGGCAUAAUCUCCAUUUAUCUAAUCCAGGCACAUAUGUAUGCAGUACAUACUGUUAUAUUUAUUGCAGUUCGUUUGAUAUUUUUGACGAAUCUCUUGAAUCUUCUAUGUUAACUGUGUGUGUCUGUGAGGGAGCUUGUGUGUAGCUGCACAGAUCAGUGUGUCCAAAGGGAUCCAUGCUAGUUCUCAUUACAACUAAUUCCAUAUUUCAUACAAUACUGUAAGCUUUGCUCAUCAUCUCCCGCUAUUCUCUUUCUGAGUAUUAAGGAGCACGCGAUGUGUUUCUGCACUGAUGAGUUAGCCUGAGAUGAUCGUUUAAGGACCAUGCAUAUAUUUCAGACAGCACGUACAUAUAUAUAUAUUUAACUGGAUGACUACAUGUUAGUUUUGGACAAAAAGAAAAUCGGAGGAAAUUCUCGGCUUCAAGUGUCUGCUAAAGCUUUAAUCGGAAAGUCGCAGGAGCGGGCAAGUGAAUUUUACACUCAUACAAAAGCGUCAGUGGUCAGUCAGAUAGACAAAGUUAGAGUAUGUUUACUAACGUGAGCUUGUGCAUUGUUGUAGGUUAUUCACACAACCAUGCCCGUGUAUUCAUCUUCAGUAGCUGCUUCAUCCUGGUCACUGUAAGCAGUUUAAAAUAACUAAAUUGCUUAAAUAUUAUUUUUGUACAAAGAUGAUAUAUCAGUGCUGAAGCAGGUGGGUUUGGGUCCCACGUUUCUAUAGCAAACCACUGAACUUUUAACAUUAUAAUGCAAACUGUUGUUAAUUGUUAUUAUAGAGGCUCAUAAAUGACCUCCACUCGGAUCGAGACCUGCAGGUCCGUGAUAUCCCAUCAGGCAAUUUGUGUUUGAAGAUGAAAUGUUGAAGUUAAGUAUUAUCAAAAUUUCUAGAACCUGGUGUAUGAAGGAUUAAUAACUUUCAUACAUCUUUCUUUAAUUUGGCUGAUUGGCCAGUCUGCUUGCACUAUACUGUAUUUAUGACUGAACAGCAUGCUUUACUGCAGCUUGCCAAGCUCAUGGUAGGAUCUUGUUUUAGACUCUUAUUUAUAAUGUCCGUCACUGUUUGUUGAGUUUUUUUUUUUGUUUUUGUUUUUUUAACUUUUUUUGUGUGUGCGUUUGUUUAUUUAUUCACCUCUAUCAGCCCUUCCAAAGCAGAUCAGUACUGAAAUUAAACCAAAUAUAAAAUAUGUAAGCCACUUAUCUCAAAUACAGACAGAUAACGUCCAGACCAUUCAUCAUGAAUUUUGUUUAUUGAUCUUUCCGUCCUUUUAGUGUAGCAUGUUUAGUUAUUUCCAGUGAAGAGUGGCUUAUGUGUAUUGGUUUAAUAAAACUCAGAGCAAACUGGGAGCAAAUUUCGUACCGAGUGUUAGGACCUACUCGUACUCUUUAAAUGUUUCCGUCAUUACAGCUGCAAUGAUUUUAAUCCCAGACCUGGGUCCAAUUUUCAUUUAUCAUGUUUUUGUGAAUAAUCCUUGGCAAAUUCUUGCUGUGGUCUGCAUACACUUAUGCUUUUAUAGGACCCAGCAGCCAUUGAACCUCUUACUAAAAUAAAAAUAUUUGAAAUCA